AUGAACCAAACGCCGCCCCUGUCCUGUGUGUGCAGGCUAAAGGAUGCGGAAGCCAUGCUGCAGAAAGCGCAGAAAGGAGAGAGUACAGCCAUCAACCAACUACACAGCAGAGACAUGCAGCUGACUGAGCUAGAGGCACGCAACAAGGCUAUCACGCGCAAGCUAGACAGGGCUACAAAGCAGCGAGCG